GGGCUAUAAAUACGGCCACCCAAGACCAUGCAGUUCAUUCAGAGCAUCGAGCUUCAAGCUGCAGUCCGAGCAACUGGUAGCUAGCGAUCGAGCGAAGGUAAGCUAGCUAGGAUACGCGAUAUGGCUGCGCUUGCCGUCCUCCUCGUCAUGGCGAUGGCCGUCUUAGCAGCAGCAACGGCGGCGACGGCGACCACUCCUCGCCCCUUCUUCGUGUUCGGCGACUCUCUAGUGGACAGCGGCAACAACAACUACCUGGUGACCACGGCGCGCGCCGACUCGCCGCCCUACGGCAUCGACCACCCGACCCACCGCGCCACCGGCCGCUUCUCCAACGGCCUCAACGUCCCCGACAUCAUCAGCGAGCACCUCGGCGCCGAGCCCGUGCUCCCCUACCUCAGCCCCCACCUCGACGGCCGCAAGCUCCUCGUCGGCGCCAACUUCGCCUCCGCCGGCGUCGGCAUCCUCAACGACACCGGCAUCCAGUUUGUGAACAUCAUCCGGAUGGAGAAGCAGCUGCGCUACUUCGAGCAGUACCAGAACCGGGUGCGGCGGCUGAUCGGCGAGGAGGCGACGCGGCGGCUGGUGCGGAGCGCGCUGGUGCUCAUCACGCUCGGCGGCAACGACUUCGUCAACAACUACUACCUGCUGCCCUUCUCCGCGCGGUCGCGCGAGUUCGCGCUCCCGGACUACGUCAGCUACCUCAUCUCCGAGUACAGGACCAUCCUCCAGCAGCUCCACGGCCUGGGCGCCCGCCGCGUCCUCGUCACGGGCUCCGGCCCCAUCGGCUGCGCGCCGGCGGAGCUAGCCACGCGGAGCGCCAACGGGGAGUGCGACAUCGAGCUGCAGCGCGCGGCGGCGCUCUACAACCCGCAGCUGGUGCGGAUGACCAGGGAGCUCAACGCGCAGUUCGGCUCGGACGUGUUCAUCGCCGUCAACGCCUACCGCAUGCACAUGGACUUCAUCUCGGCGCCGGCGGCGUACGGCUUCAUCACCUCCAAGGUGGCGUGCUGCGGCCAGGGCCCGUACAACGGCGUUGGGCUGUGCACCGCGUUUUCCAGCAUCUGCCCGGACCGCUCCCUCUACGCCUUCUGGGACAACUUCCACCCUACCGAGAGGGCCAACCGCAUCAUCGUCAGCCAGUUCAUGGCCGGCUCGCCGGACUACAUGCACCCGCUCAACCUCUCCACCAUCCUCGCCAUGGACGCCGCCGCCGCCACCACCGCGAUGCCAUGAUCCAUUAUCUGGACUACUAUGUUUUUCCCUGGCUUACAAUAUGCUUGCGUAUAUGCAGCUAGCUAGCUGGCUAGUAGUAACCGUGCGUGCACAAUAAAACUGCUGAGUAAGCAGAGUAUCUGUCCUUUUGAUUCGACCCAUCAGCCAAUAAUAGUCAAGCAAGUAUGCUGUAUUA